GCGCUAAAGGCGUGCUCUCUGAAGACGAGCAGCCAUCGCGACCGACCAGACCUGCGAUGCUCGCGUUGCAGCGUCUGACGUUGACCUACAUAAGCAAACCAUGUCCAUCAGUGUCAGCGCUCAUCGUCCUUGCGCACCUCUUGUAAUCAUGUACUUACUUGGUUGUCAAAGUAGGCGGGAUCGCGCUCUUCGAUCCUCCUCACGAGCCAGACCGUUGUGCCCGGUUCCUGAGUUGGUACCAAGCCAGGGUCCAAAGCAAACAGGGCGGAUGGCCUUGGUGACCAAUCCGCGGAGCUUGUCCAGCCACUUUUGCAUCGUCGCCUCGGCAGAAGUGGAGGACUCGAAGUCGCGUGUGAUCAUCAACAUCUGGACAAGUCCAGCUGUCUUGACGUGUUCCUCUGCGUGUCGUCAGAGAGCCCGAACUCCAGGUCGUACUUCAAGGCGUGUGCAUUUGACCAUCUCCUGACCGGUGCAAUGCAGAGGUCAGUACGCAAAAGGUCGAAUUGUAGGAGCGUCAGUGAGUGGGAAGAUAGAAGCUGCUCAUAAUGCAACUUUUCGGCGACUC